CAACUUCACACACCACUGCCCCCCAACAAAACUGGAUGUUAUGUUUCAUUCAGUCGUGAAUUGAAACAGUUGUGGAGUGUUGAGCUAGAGAAGAGGUACAUGUAGAGGUAUAACUUAAAAAGAGAGAGAGAGUCGGAGCAUCAAAAUGAGCAUCCUAUUCCCAGUCUUUCUAACAGCAGCUGCGGUGUUCACAGUGUAUUAUGUUCUCAUUCACCUCGUCUACGGACCAUGGAAGCGGUUCCAGUACUUCAACAAGGAAAUCCCAGGUCCUCCUGCCCUCCCGAUCGUCGGGAAUGCUCAUAUGUUUGACAGGGACCCUGCCAAAUUCUAUCAGCAGGUCUUACAAUUUUGCCGGGAUUAUCCCAAAGUUUUCCGGAUCAUGCUUGGACCAACUUGUAUGAUUGCCAUUCAUAAUGCGAAAGAUGCUGAGGUCCUGUUUAACAGUACAAAGCACAUUACCAAAAGCUUUGUGUAUGACUUCCUUCAUCCGUGGCUAGGAGCAGGCCUACUUACAAGUAAAGGGAGCAAGUGGUUUCAUCGUCGUAAGCUCCUGACGCCAACAUUCCAUUUCAGCAUCCUGAACAACUUUCGGGUUGUGUUUAAUGAAAAGGCUGACAUCUUGGCACGGAAGCUGUCGACAAUGGCAGACGGUCGAGCGUUUAACAUAUUCCCAAUUAUAACACAGUGUUCUUUGGAUAUUAUCUGUGAAACGGCAAUGGGGAAGAACAUCCGUGCGCAGGAGGACGAGAAGAGUGAAUACGUACAGUCGGUCAUAAAAAUGAGUGAGUUGAUCCAAGAGAGACAGAAGUACCCUUGGUAUUGGUUUGACGGUCUCUACUCCGUGUUACCGAGCGGUAAAGAGCACGCUCGAUGCUUGAAAGUCCUUCAUGAUGCUACAAGCUCAGUUAUUAAAGAGAGAAAUAGCAAGUUCAGUGAACUCUACCCCAGAGGGAUUGAUGAGCAAUCGGUGGAAGAGCCCAAGAAGCGGCGUCUGGCCUUUCUGGACCUCCUGCUACACAUGCACCGCGAGGACAACAGCUUCACGUUCGAAGAUAUCAGAGAGGAGGUCGACACCUUCAUGUUCGAGGGUCAUGACACCACAGCUGCAGGUGCAUCUUGGUGCCUGUACCUACUGGGACGACAUCCCGAGAUUCAGCAGAGGGUCCACGAGGAGCUGGACGAAGUCUUUGGUGACAAUGAUGAGCCAGCAACGUCUGACCAGCUGCAGCGUCUUUCGUACCUGACCCGCGUCUUGAAGGAAACUCUCAGGAUUUAUCCCUCUGUGCCUUUCAUCGGACGCACCCUUGAGGAGGAUUGUGUGAUUGGUGGAUACAAGUUACCCAAAGGGGUGAAUGCUAUCGCCCUGAUUACUGGGCUCCAUAGGGACCCCGAGGUAUUCCCCAACCCUGAGGAGUUUGAUCCCGAUAGAUUCUUGCCGGAGAAUUGCGUUAACCGUCACGCCUACGCCUACGUACCUUUCUCAGCCGGCGCAAGAAACUGUAUCGGUCAACGCUUCGCUAUGAUGGAAGAGAAGGUGAUGGUGUCUGCCGUCCUGAGACGGUUCAACAUCCAAUCCCUGCAGACUCCAGACGAAGUGUUGCCACUGUCGGAGCUGAUUCUACGUCCCAGCGGUGGUAUUCAGGUCAAGCUUACACCGAGGUCAUAAGUUCAAAAGGUCAUCAAGAUGGUAAUGUAUAGACCUUUCCCAUUUUUGCUAAACGGGC